CUGCUGAUAUUCCGUCCAGCUAUGAUGCAGAUUUCCAUGGUGCAGUGAUGGAAGGAAGAUACAUGGAAUCCAGUAGCUUUAUAAACCUUCAGUGUGACAUUGAGGCUAUCAUCUCUAACAUAACACAGUGUCCGACUGAAAAUGCUACUAAAAUAGAAAUACCAAAUUGCAAACUGGAUAUAUUAUUCAUGCUGGAAGCAUCAAGUUCUUCUGCUGGCUCCAAUUUUGUUUACCUAAAAAGCUUUUUUGCUAACAUAGCCCGUCAACUUAAUGUAGCAUCAGACUCUAUCCGUAUUGGUGCCAUGACAUACGACUAUAAAGGAUACAAGCAGUUUGACCUUGAUACAUACACAACCGCUGAUGAAGUAAGUAAUGCCAUUAUGAGGAUACAAGAAGGUGUAAACCCAAUUAACCUCGUAGACAGAGCAUUGGCCUAUGCACGGACCGUUUACUUCACGGAGGACAAUGGCGAUCGUGCUGAUGCCGCAAAUUAUUACGUUUUCUCAGUUGACGGAAUAAGAGCUGGUGCAUCGCUACAAGGAGCAGUCAUAACAGCAGAUUGGCCCAACCAGAUAUAUUCAAUCGACAUUAACAGCAGUUUUUCCAAGGAAUAUAAGAAAACAGCUGAUGACAUUAACCGUUACUUCUUCGCCUCCUCCUACGAAGAUUUACCUUCCAUCGAAGCCUCAGUUGUUGAGGCUCUUAGCAAGUGUCCAACUCCAAAAAUUGUCACAACUACUGGGGUAUCUUUGAAAAAUAAAGGGGUCGUUGCUCCAUGUCUAAACAGCUUAAUUUAUCUUUACCCCGAGGAUCUAACGGCAUACACAAGCGGAUCUAGAGGAAUGAUGUACCUGAUGACGGAUUUUGUAUUCCGAAUAACAUCUUGCUCACGCAUUACGUCGUGGGAGUUUUCCUAUUCGAGGUCUGGAUGGAUAGAUUUUAUGGUGUGGAGACCUUCUGGCAAUAACUAUAAGCUGGUAGCUUUCAACACACUUUAUGUUGAAGGUGUCAAUACGACUACCUACACAGUUGUAGAAUAUGAAAGGAUUGCUGUUCUAGACGGUGACUUAAUUGGGUGGCGCUCUCUGGCAGACAAUGAUGAUGGCAAUAUAAUCACAAAUGGAAAUUGUAUAGGACCUUGUGCUGAGGGGUUAAAAGCGUACUCUGCUAGAAAUUUAAUCAGAGGGGAUUUGUUCGACUGGAAAACCCAGGGAACUGUAGUCAAUACCACCGCUUAUGCUAUUAAAGCUUGCCUUGAGGAAAAUACACCAAUGUCUUUUAACAACCAAAAUCAAUCGGCUGAGAUCCCUGACCAUUUAGCAGUUGGUGACUUUGUGAUGAUGUUAGAGGUUGAAGGGGUAGACUACGCCGAGGAUGUUACCUUCACCGUAAUGGAGCACCCCAGUCCUGCAUUUAAUUACUCCCCUCAAUACUUUGUCGUGGACGGAAUAGGACAAGUAAAGAUCGCAAAAAAGAUGCAGAGAGCUACAGUUCUAAAGGACUACCUAGUGCGUGUAGCAGCAAGGGAUUCGUGUAAUACCAGUGCCACAGUGACAGUUUCUGUUGAAUCACAAAAUAUGGGAACUCGACGGCAGGCGCUUUGUCUUUUCCAUUCUAACCAGCGCAAAUCCCGCCUUUUCUUACAAGGACAUAAACUCUUAUAUGGUGAAACUCUGCUGUAUGACAGUGCUGAUAAAACUACAGGAAUAUUGCUUGUUAAUGUCAAAAAGCCCUCCGGUUAUACACCUCCAGAUUGGUUUAUAAAACUGUAUUCCAAAGAUUUAUGGCUUGCCUUGUGCUAA